CUACGAUUCUACCCAAGGCGAGUGUCUUCGUUCUCAGCUUUGAUUUUAGGGUUUCACAAUCUCCGGCCUUCUUACAUUUCCCCAUUGCAGCAGCUCAUCACUCUUCACUGAUCUUCACUUCUUCAGUUUUUCAGACAGAGGCGAUGUCAGAAAUGGGUGGAAAAUCUUCUCUCAAAUCUCCUGCAUCCUCGAAUGGAAAGGAUGACAGCUCCGUGUCAAAUAAAGGGAGGAAGGUUCAGUUUGAUUCUGAUUCACUGGAUGGUAAUUUAUCAAAAUCCAAUGGGAAAGCUAGUGGAUCAGUUGGCAAAGGUGGAAAAGGAGGCAAGGGAAGCAGUGGCAAAGGUCAAACUUCAAAAGCACCUCUUCCCUUGGAGCUCAGAGUUGAGCAAGAAAUUUCAGAGAAUACCAAGUGCCUGAUGGAUUGUGAAGCUGCUGAAAUCUUGCAAGGCAUCCAUGACCAAAUGACUAUACUGUCUGAAGAUCCAGCAAUAAAACUUCCUACGUCAUUUGACAAGGGAUUGACGUAUGCCAUGAGGCAUAAACUUUAUGAGAACUAUGAGACGGUCAAACAAGUUCUUAAGCCAUUGAAGGAGCAUGGUGUUGCUGAUAGUGAGAUGUGCAUGAUUGGCAACUUUCACCCCGAAUCUACUGACGAAGUCUUUGCACUUGUCCCAUCUUUGAAGGGCAAGAAAAAUAAGCUACAAGAGCCUCUAAAAAAUGUCUUGGAGGAAUUGGCAAAGCUUAAGAGCUCUUCAUAAAGCCAUUGAAGCAGGCGUGCAAAGUUCUCCAUGCUGCUGAUAUUAACAGUUGUCCCGUAGUCUCUGAUAAUGUGCUGGUACUGCUUGACAUAUGGAGCCAUUGGUUGUUUGGUCUCCAGUUUUUUGCGAACAAUUCUUGCAGACCAUGCUUUUAAGCUGCAAACCUUUGAUCUUCUCCUAUUAUGUAAUGUUGAUGUAUAUAUCACAUUGUGAUAUGGGUAACUUGUAUAACUUGUAGCUGUAUCGCUAUUUAGCUCUAUUCCCCCCACCCACCAAGUUUGAUUUUCAAAAUCCAAAAGUACUAUGAUUUGGCAUA